AUGAGAAGAAUGUUUACAGUUAGACAGGUGGCUAUGUAAUGAGAUGCUGUCAAACAGUGUCUCCAUUCCAGGUGCAGUUUUCCUUUAAUUAUUUGACCUAUUAAGAUACGCUUCUAGGUAAUUACAGAAAACAGUUUUACUUCCUGUUCAAGGGCCUUGUUUCUUCAAGAAUAUUACCCUGAAAUUGCCUUGAUAUUCUCUCGACAUCGGUGAAAUUGCUUGAGCUCGAGAGCUGUUGUAGAAGCAUGGCGGGCAAAGUUCAAACAGUCUUGGGACCAGUGAAUCCAGAUACUCUUGGAGUGACGUUUACGCAUGAGCAUUUGCUGCAUGAAUUACCGUUGGAAGUUUUCAGACAUCCUUUGCCUGGAAAUAUACCACCUUUCCAGGGUGAUCCCUUUUCCCUCCAAAAUUUAGGAUGGCUCAGACAAUAUCCUUACUGUUUUGACAUCAACAAUAUUUAUACCGAUGAAAGUGUGCGCAAAGCUAUGGUAGAAGAAAUGCAUUUCUUUAAGACUCUUGGUGGAGGUACAAUAGUCGACAAUGGAUCUGUUGGAUUACGAGCCAAAGACCAAGCACAGUUUCUCACCUCGCUUUCCAAAGAAACGGGAGUUAAUGUCAUUACAGGAACAGGAUUUUAUGUCACCUUUGCUCAGACUCAAUCUGUACUUAACAUGAAGGUGGAAGAUAUGGCAGCUAAAAUGCGAGAGGAUUUGUUGGUCGGCAUUGAUGGCACUGAUGUUAAAUGUGGAGUCAUUGGAGAAGUUGGAUGCUCUUGGCCACUUGCUGACUUCGAAAGGAAAUCUCUCAUUUCUUCAGCUAUUGUACAAGCAGAAACUCAUUGUCCUGUGAUAAUACAUCCUGGCAGGGAUAAAAAAUCUCCAGAAGAAAUCUUCAGGGUAUUUCAAGAAGCUGGAGGAAAACUUGAGAAAACUGUUAUGUCACAUUUGGAACGCACACUCCACACAAAAGAAGAUCUAGCAGAGUUUGCCUCGAUGGGAAGUUACUGUGAAUUUGACCUGUUUGGGAUUGAAGUGUCACAUUACCAACAUAACGAAGACAUAGAUAUGCCUAGUGAUGCACAGAGAGUGGAACGCUUAUACCAUUUAAUUCAGCAAGGGUUCGGUGACAGAAUCGUUAUUGGCCACGAUAUUCAUACAAAACACAGAUUAAUGAAAUUCGGUGGUCAUGGAUUUUCACACAUUAUAACAAACGUAUUGCCAAAAAUGAGAAAACGUGGAUUCAGUGAAAACGACAUAAAGAAGAUUCUGAUUGAUAAUCCGAAGAAAUGGCUUACAUUCGAGUAAUGCUUCCAUUCAGCGCUUCAUACUUAACACUGCGAAUAAGAUGAGAUAAGGAUAGUCUUGCAACUCACGUUUUGUUUAAACUAGUUUCUUCCAUAUGUGAAUGAUUUUAUUUUAAGAUUAAAAACUCGUAUUAAUCUAAGAUCGAUUGCUUUUUUUAUUUCUUUGAAAACGAAAAAAUAAUGCAUGCUAUAUUUUAUAUUCAAAUAAAGAAAACAUGAAUUUUG